CAGCCAGCCCAGAGCAAAUUGCUCUCGUACAUGGGAGUGACUUACGCAGCUUCUCGCUCCCCCAACUGCACUGCGGGUGACUCUCGCGAGAUUCUCCUUGCUGCUGGAGAGGAGUGAGGGGGAGCUGCGGAUUCCAAUCCCCAGGCCUGAGAGAGCGGACCCCAAGCUUGACAGCUUAGACUCAUUGACACCUGCACAUGGCUCGUAACGAACACCUUCCUGUGCCGACCGCCCUCACCCUGGGGAUCCUGCUGUUGGCUUGUGGCAUCCUUACAGGACCGACCGCAGCCCAGAAUGAACCAAAGAUCAAUGCCAGUGAGGAAAUCACUAUAAAGAAAGAUACUGGACCCAUUUUAUUGCAAUGCAAUCUUACUUGGACUUCAAGUAUGGGUGCACCUGAGAGCAGUUACUGGACUAAGAAUGGUGUGGAGAUUCCAGAUACCCGCAAAACUUCCUCAAAUGACUAUAACGUGGAGUAUAAGAUUCUGAAACCAAAGGCAGAUGAUUCCGGAGAAUAUUUGUGUGUAUUCACGUUCUCCAGUUCCUCUCCUCCUGUCAAUGCAACUAUUGAGGUGAAAGCUAUUCCAGAAAUCACUGGCCACAAAAAAAGUGAAAACAAGAACGAAGGGCAGGAGGCAUUACUUUAUUGUAAAUGUGUAGGAUACCCACACCCAGAUUGGUCCUGGUAUAAAAUGGACAAAGGAUUAAUGGAGCUAAACAAUAUGAGUGGACGUAUCUCCAUUACCAGCAAAGAUACCCACACAGAGCUUAGAAUCAUUAACCUUGAUAUUAAUGAAGACCCUGGCACUUACAUAUGUAAUGCUACCAACUCAGUUGGAAGCGUGAACAGCACUAUAAUCCUACGCGUUCGCAGUCAUUUGGCACCUGUAUGGCCUUUCUUGGGUAUUGUAGCUGAGAUAGUGAUCCUGGCAGUGAUCAUCGUGGUAUAUGAGAAGCGCAAGAGACCGGAUGAAGUGCCUGAUGAUGAUGAACCAGCUGGACCAAUGAAGAGUAACUCUACAAACAACCACAAAGAUAAAAAUCUGAGACAGCGGAAUACAAACUAAAUCAGCUCUUUUAUUUUUAGGGGUUGCUGCGGAUUCCUUCAGUCUUCUGCUUGUCUCAUCCUCACUAUUUGCCAUUGAGGGUAAUGAACCCAAGCAUACUUUCACUUUGCCACGUUCUUUGAUCGCUUGCAGCAAAGGAGGGAUUUCAUUUUCACUUUAAAUGGUCUGAAGAGAAUGCUGCAAUAACUUUCAUGGAUUUCAUAGCAGAAGGACAUAUAUUUUACUGUUUUAGCUCAACUCGUUCUACUUUUAAACUUCUCCCUUAAUGCUACCUCCCUCCCACCAUACAGAGUUUCUUGGACUUUGCCAGAUCAAGACCCAAUUUCCCUCUGAAGAGCUGGCCUGCUGAAGCCGAACUUCAGUCUUCUUCAAUAUUCCUUUUGUGUGUGGUUGUUCUUUUUAUUUUCUUUCUGGGCCUAACGGUACAAAAUUAUUUCUUAAAAGCAUGCCUUAUUUAGCCUCUGGGGCAACUGAGCGGAUGGUGUUUUUAAGAGCUUAAAAUAUAGAGUGUAUAUGCAGCUUUGUGUGCUGUGGCUUUUUUAUUUUUGUUUCACUUAUGACGUAGACAGAGAUGAGCCUUCCAAAGGGAUAUGUGGGUACGCACAGACCAUGCAUGCAACUUCAUUUUUUCCUCUGUUUUUGGUCUGUAUGUUAUGUUACUAAUAGAGCUCUGUGGGAUUUCCAAUAAAUCAAUAUGUAACCCGCAGCUUUUGUCAAAUCCCAUGCAUUUUUAACUAAAAGUACACUAUUGGACCUGCAUAUUGGGUGUAUUGCAAAGCUCUCUGCUAUUCAUUCCAUUCUAUAAAAGAUUGGCUAGGAAUUUAAUGGACAUGAAACCCACAUUUUUCUUUCAUUUUAAACAACUUUACAAUUUUAUUCUAUUAUCACAUUCACUUUAUUCUUUUGGUAUCCUUUGUUGAAUGAGCAACAAUAUAUUACAGGGUGCUAGCUGAUCAAGCAGAGGCUUAUAUGUGGAGCCACCAAUCAGCUAGCUCCCAGUAGUGCAUUGCUGCUCCCAAACAUAUCUAAGUAUGCUUUUCAACAAAGGACACCAAGAGUACAAAGCAAAGUAGAUAAUAGAAGUAAACUGGAAAACUGUUUAAAAUGGUAUACUCUGUCUGAAUUAUGAAAACAAAUUGGGGUUGCAUGUUCCUUUAAGGACAGCUGACAGUUAUUCAUCUACUUUUCUCAAUACUAGAGUUGCCUUUUGCCAGCAUAUUAACUACCAUUGGUCAUUUAAUAAUAAAAGAAGGCAAGAGUAGCACAGGAAAGUGAAAAUUGGUAUUAAAUGCACUGUUGUGAAGUAUCACCCUCUUCUUCAAAGAUGCCCCAAACAUUGUAGACAUCAAGAGGUGAAUAUGACUGUUUUAAUGGUCUGGUUGGUUCAGCAAGGCUGCAGGUUACACUAUUAAGCAUUAAAGGUUUAUUGUACUUUAUAGUUAAUUUCUCUUUAAUGUGUUCCUAGUUACUUGUUAUACCAGCUGCAGAUAAGUGUUUGGGAAAUUGUGCCUUUAGGUUUAUUUUUGUAUAUGUAAAAAAAUCUGUUUUUGCUGAUUGAAGCCUCAAUCCAUUGUUCUCAAGAGCAUUCCUUAUACCUGAGCAUGCAGGAAUAGCAGACAUCCUAAUCUUAUCUAUUUCUCUUUACAUUAAGGCCUCUCUUAACUCUCAAUCUAUAUACAAUGGCCAAUACUUAGAGCACUAGGAGCUUGCUUGCUGCCUCUUGUUUACAUAACUUUUCUAUACAUAAUACUAAAGUAUUAAUAGUUUCAAUAUAGGUGGUGGUUUUAAUAGGCAAAAACAGCUAUUUUGAAAUAAAUGUAAAGGAUCUAUUUAUAAACAAUUUGACACACUCCAGUGUGUAAAACAGAUCAUUGGGAACACGUUAAAGCAAAAAAUAUAGUACAAUAUCUGGAAAAGCCAUUUAUAGGCAGCUGACCAUUCCUGUAUCUUAUAAUUUAACUGGGGAAGGUGAAAAACUAAUUUAUUUGUUGUUCAUUGGUACAGAAGAAUGUUACAUUUCUAGUAUAAAUAUAAAUGCAUUAGAUUGGAUGCUUUAUAAAUGAACUUUAGUUCAAUUAUGUAUAUCCUUAAACCCUUUUUGCACUGUUAUUUCGAACAUGUAUAUUCAUGCAAGCAAACUUUUUAUAAGUUAUAUAUAAAAUAUAUAUUUUCUUUU